GGCGGGGCCUGAUGUGCUCUGCCGCUGCGUGAGGUGUCGGGAUCAGAGGACAGAGGCCUAAGCACAUGGACUGGAAACUGGAAGGGAGUGCUCAGAAAACAGAGUCACAUGUGCUGCAGGAGCAAGAAGUCGUCCUAGAGGACACAGGCGAAGAUGGCAUCUCUGAAAGCUUCCAGCUUUUACAGAUUGACGUGGAAUGUGAGCAUCAGGAGAGAGAGGCCCCACCCACGGGCAGUGCAAUGUGGUGCUCGAAAAAUGUCCAAAGAAAACAGAGACACUGGGAAAAGAUAGUUGCAGCAAAGAAGAGCAAAAGAAAGCAAGAAAAAGAAAGAAGAAAAGCCAAUCGUGUAGAAAAUUCAGGCAUCUGCCCCCCGCACAGCAAACGUUUUCUGAGAUUCUUAACCAAGGAGAAACUUUUGGAAGCCAAACACUCAGGACCAAGACUCUGUAUCGAUUUAAGUAUGACCCACCACAUGUCUAAGAAGGAACUAAGUAGACUGGCUGGACAGCUCCGAAGGUUGUACGGUUCGAAUAAAAAAGCUGACAGGCCGUUUUGGAUCUGCCUCACUGGAUUCACAACAGACAGUCCCCUGUAUGAAGAGUGUUUGAGGAUGAACGACGGAUUUUCUAGUUACCUGCUGGACAUAACAGAAGAAGACUGCUUUAGUUUAUUCCCCCUGGAAACCCUUGUGUACCUGACUCCUGACUCAGAACAUGCUCUUGAAGAUGUUGAUCUAGACAAAGUUUACAUCCUUGGUGGACUUGUGGAUGAGAGCAUUCAGAAGAAGGUGACAUUUCAAAAGGCCCGAGAACACUCUGUCAGGACAGCCCGCUUGCCAAUCCAGGAAUACAUGGCCAGAAGCCAGAAUGGGAAAAACUAUUAUUCAGAGAUAUUGGCCAUCAAUCAAGUAUUUGAUAUCCUGUCCACUUACUUUGAGACUCAAAACUGGCCUGAAGCAUUGAAGAAAGGGGUUUCUUCCAGAAAAGGCUAUGUUCUUCGGAACUUAGUGGAUGAUGGACAGCCUAAGAUUGUACCUGAAGGAGGCGAAGUUGCUGGAGGGGCCUUGACCCAAGAGUCAAGCAAACGGUGGUGAUGGCACACACUUGCCUUUACUUAACAUCUUGGAUCUUCAUUAGAAUAUACAUUACUAAUAACAGGGACCACAUUUUAUGCUCUUUUGUAUCUCCUAGAGUGCCUGGCUCACAGGAAGUGCCCAGUAUAUCCUAAGUAAAGUUUACAUAACCGAGAAUUAGCCCU